AUGUUUGUUAGAAAGUCUGGGCCUGUCAAGCUGAGAGGUAAGGCAGCAGAGAUCAAGUGCCUUGGGGAACCUUUGCUUGCCUAUUGGUCAUCUUGCUACGAUGAAACAAAUGAGCAGCACCAGCAAGUAUUGUAUUUGCUUCAGAUGAGCUGCAGAUGUGAAGAAAUUAUCUUUGAGAACAAGAGUGCCCUGGCCUUCAGCGAUGAAGAUGCAGCAGCCUUCCAAGAAGCUGUCUUUGCUUAUGGACACUUGGGUCACUUACUCUGGUGCCACUUCCAAGAGACUGACUUGAAAAAGCAAGGUCUUUUCACAUGCACCAGCAAGACCCACGCAAUUUGCCACAGUGCAUUGCUGAGCAGGUAUUUAAACCCAAGGCUUGUUUGGUGUUUCAUUGGAGAAGAUAUGAUGUCCACUGUACAGCAGCUCACACAAGCUUGCACAAAGGGAAAUACACCUUUGUCAGGCCCAAUGAAGUCUUUAGAACAUUGGCGAAUUGCCAUGCACUUGGAGUGGCAGAGCUGA